UCUAAAAUCAACGUUAUAUUUAGCGCCUGUGACUCCAAAUAAAUUAAAAGUGAUGUUCGCUCACUGAAAGUAAAGCUUUAGAUUAUGUUUGUAAGAACUAAUGCAAACAGUUUAUCGACGUUGUCAACGGCCGCAGGAAAUACGGCCGCCAUCUUGGAGCAGUCGUCCUGCCCUUAGCUAAACUACCAGCAGAAGAUGCCCCAGUACUGCGGGAUAUUUGUGUUAAAAUCGACGGACUAUUGACGUGAGGGUUCGGUGGAUAACUUCACAACAGGGGAGGAUCUGGAGAGGACGGGCUCCCCGGACUGAAUAUUAGCCCCUACCGACCCGGGAACCUCUCCCACUUCUCCUCCACCUUUCCUCUCCUGCUGGGGUCUAAACCCGGGUUUUCUUUCCAGGUCCAACAUGGCGGGUCGGCUUGUCCUUCAGGGAGUUCUGGUUCUUUGUUUGGUGCAGGCGGCACACACAGGCGGAAAUGCGCCUCAGAACGGCGGCAGGGCGGCAUCAUUCCUGAUCCCAUCGAAAGAUUAUGGAGCUGGGAUGAACAAAGGAGUUGGAAUAAAUGGAGGAAGAACUGGAGCCGCUAAUGGAUACGGAGCAAAAGCCGGACCAGCAAAUCUACAAAAAAUGAAAGGUUUUGGUGCUCAAGCCGGUGGAUAUGGCAGACAAGCAUCUAAAGGCAACGGUAACGGUGCUGCAGCUGCUUCACAAAGUGGAUUUGGAAGUAAAGGCAACGGGUAUGGAGUUAUAUCUGGACCAACCACUCUACAACAAAUCAAAGGCUAUGAGGCUCCAGCUGGUAGAUAUUUAGGACAAGCAACCAAAGGCUACGGUUAUGGUGCUCAUGCUGCAGCGUACGGUGGGCAAGGAGAUAAAGGCAAUGGUUACGGGGCUCAAGCUGGUGGAUAUGGAGGACAAGGCACUAAAGAAAACGGUCAAAGACUUGUAGCUGGAGCGUCCAGUAGCAACGGAGCAAGGCCAAAUGGUCAGGGACAUGGAGGGAACCACCUGAAGGGAUAUGGCCGACCUCAUUAUAGUCCAGCUGUGGGAAUGGGACAGAUCAGAGGCCCCCAUCCUGCCAGAGACCAAGGGAAUGUGUAUGGUGGUAAUGGUUACAGAACUCGUCCAACUAAAGGUUUCAGUGGAGGUUAUGGCGCAGCUGGUUUGGGUCUGGGAUCUCUGUAUGGAAAUGGCGUAAAGGGACCAAUGAAAGGUUACAGUGCUUCAGCUGGUGUAUCCAAUGGACAAGGUUCACAAUCCAAUGGUCGUGCUGGAGUCAGAUCACCAAAUGGGUUUGGAAAUUCAAGGACUGGAGCUGCCAAGGCUGCUAAAGCAGGAUAUGGAAGUACCACAGGAGCUGCUUUAGGACCCCAACUAGGGUAUUCAAAUGGAGCAACUCCCAAUGGGUUUGGAUCCAACCAUAAAGGUUAUGGAGCUGUGAAAGGAUUUGGUGCUCAGAUGAAUGGCCUUGGAGUUGGACGUGUUGCUGCGCUGGGGGGUUACGAACACCAACCUGAGGGUUUCGGGUCGGUGCCUGGAAAAGGUCAAUCUGUAAGAGGAGCAGCUUCAUCGGGCGGAAACGGCCUGAAAGGCCGAGUCCUGCCGACUCAGCAACAGGCUGCUGCUUCCAGUCCCACCGCUGGCGUUCACUACCUGGGCCCAAACGAGAAGUACCAGAACCUGGCUUCACCUGCAUCACAAGACAAAGCCUACAAACAGAACCAGCUGCACCUGGGCUCCGGUCCAGAAUCGGCUCCACCUGCACACAGAUACCCAGAGCCUCAGCACGGACUCCAACCGGCAACUUUGGGUCAAAAAGGAACCAAAUUUGAAGCAGAACCAGAAUCUGUUCUUUCUCCAGAAAAUGGGAGAAUUCAAGGAGCCAAAGCAGCCAAACCUGGCUGUGGACCAACCGGACAAUGGAUGAAGAGGCUAAAAUCUGGGAAUGGAGGCGAUGCUAAAGCAAACAGACCUGGAGGAUUCAACUUUCCAGGACUCAGUAAUGGACAUGGAGCAGGUCUUGCGUAUCCCUACGGAGGAAGCAUUGCUCAGCCUGGUUACGGACGAGGCGUCUACCCUGCAGCUGGAUACGGAAACCUAUAUGGAGCUCUUGGUCAAGUUUUGCCUGCUGCUGAACAGUCGGGGGGAACCACUCAGGUUUCAUUUGGUGAAGCUCCUGCUGGAAUUGACGGAAUAAGUCAGCUGGAGGCUCAGCAUGCAGGCCUUCUUCCACACGGAGCGCCUCCUGGUGGUCAGACGCUCGGACUGACUGCGGAAAAAUCAAACUCCAAAUACGGGGUUGGCGGGCUGCAGUUUGGGGAACCUGUCCAUCUGGGAACCAACGGGGCAGGAAACUACGGUUAUGGAGUUAAUCCGCAUCUGCCUGCAGGCGACGCUAAAGAAACGGGAAAAUACGGAUAUGGAGGCGUCCUAAACGGUGGGCAGCUUUUAGGCCUGGGUAACAAUGGAAAUAUACCAGGUUAUGGGACUCUUCCUUAUGAAGCUCAACCAGCUGGAUUUACUCCUGAAGCGAUUUCUGCCAGCCAAUACGGCCUCAUUGGAUCACCGUAUCAUCCUGCACCUUCUGGAUUUGGAUAUAACGGGAAAUCAUCUGCAAAAUAUGGUGGUGGAGAGACUCCCUACGCUCCACAGACUCUUGGUUUUGGAGAAGCAAAAUCAGGAAAAUACGCAGGUAAACAGGAAGCUCAGCAGUCUCAGCCUCUUGAAACUGCAGCUGGAGAGAACGCGGGUUACUUAAAAGGACAAGUGAAGCCAAACGCGGUUGCAUUUCCCACUCCCAGUCCGUCCCUGGAGGACUCGCCGGACUUUGUAGACUCCUUCACACCGGAUGAAGGUGUGCAGGAUUUAUCCGAUGGCACUGCGGCUUUACUGGACUCUUCACCUGUGGCAGAGACGCGGGGCGAGGCUCACCUGUCUGAGAAUCCGGACGACCUGAAGCUGCCGCGGCAGAUACAAAUUCAGCAGCAACUCAAGCUGCAUUUCCACCCUCAAGGAGGAAAGAAAUAUGAUUUGAAUGGAUUCUUUGGGAACAGUGACCAUCAAGAUUGACUCAGCUGAGAAAACAGUCAUGUUCCCUAUUUCAUUGUUUUCAGUUUUGUGUCUUUGUACAUUAUUUGUAUGGAUGUCAGCCAUUUUUAUGCAUAUGGUCCAGUUGACGUAUGAAAUUGCCAAACUGCAAUAUUCAUUAGCCUCACAAUAAUGAAUUUAGAAAUCAAUUAAUCUUGAAUACUUAGUGUUUCUGCUACCAUGUAAGGUUUUUGUCAGGCUUUUACAUGUAUGUUAAUCUGUUGUUUGUGAGAUAUUAAGAUUUACAUUGUUUUAUUUUGGAUAAACGCACCAGAAUGUGUGUAAAAUGCCAAACAUGGACUUUCCAUCUGUACUAUAAGACAAAAAUAUGGCAAACUUUUCUGUAAGAAAUACAAUCUUGGGUUAUUUUCAUGGGGUAAUAUCACCAUCUAACUGUUUUGGUUGUGUCUUUAUUUUAUUAUAAACCAGUUUUUAUUUUUUAUUUUUAUAAUUUUUGUAUCAAAAUCCCUCUUGAGUGAGUUACUAUCCUAACAUAUGAAGUAAACAAUACAGAGGCGCCUAAAUUAUUUGAAUUUAUUCAUCCACCAAACUAAUUAAUACAAUUUAGUUAAAUUAUAAGAUAUAUUUAAUCAUUUUUUUAUCUGCAUAAUUGAAGGAAAUGCUUAUCAGAGCAAAGAAUGAAACCAUACACCGUCGCAGACUGGUAGAAGGCGAAGUGACCUGGAGCCAGUUUUAUUGUCUGUUUUAUUUUCCUCUUUGUUUGUAUGCAGAUUAAAUCUUUCACCUUUAUGUUCCAGUUCUGUUUUACUGUAUAUUUCCAGCAGCUCAUUUAGUUGCUUUAUUUGUUCCGUUUCCCAUUCAUGUUUAAUAAAGCUGUUAUUUUUACAUCUUUACUCUAAAUACUGCAGCAGUGAUUCAGUUUAAUUUGUGAAAGUCAGAAAGUUUCAUAAAUAUUGUACAGUACUUGAUUAAAACAACCAAAUCCAAA